AUGUCAUCCAAACCGCCACUUUUCAUUCCAACGAAUCCGUUGGGUUCCGAUUCGGAUAUGCCCUCUUUCGCCGUUAAUCACGAAUUCGAACUGUACGAUGCGGACGAUGCCGGCCACCCUACUGGAACAAUAUUCGAUUUUACAACUGGCGAGCUACUCGACCCGACCAUGUUUGGGGAGUCUAGUAAAGUGUUCUCUUCCGGUCCCGGACAUGUUUUACAGCCCAAUUCGAACAGAGUGGCGCCUGGCUUUUCGUCUAUUCCGUCCCACCGUGGCUCUUCCUCCUCAUCUUCGUCUAGAGCAAGCGGGAACACCAACUCGCCGAAGACUAGUAAUUCUUCGACCGAUGCGAUGGUGACCGAUGAACCCUACUCGGGAUGGAAUCUCGAAAAUGACGCCAAACACAAUGAUUCGAACUUUAUGUUCGAUACUUUGGACCCGUCGACUAUGGACAUGUCCGCAGUUUUCGAUUUUGAUAGCGCUUCGAGUAGUCCGAGUCCCCCAACGAAUAAUGCCGUGCAAGAUCUAUCCGCAUCAGGAAAUGUUGUCCUCAAGGCCCCCGCUGCUAAGAGAAUCAAAGGGCAUCACAAGGGACAAUCGCAACAUUCUCUAACGAAGUCGAUGAACGGGUUGAAGACGAGUACUUCUAGAGAAGGUUCUCCUAUGUCAAGUAUCGCGGCUAGCCAGGAACCUUCCCCGUCAGCGAUGUUUAAAAAUUCGCCGUCCCCUGACAUUACUGCUAAUCACUAUCAUGGCUUGCCGAAUAUGAGUAUGACACCGGUCUGGCCACCGAUGGCAGGCCUGCAGACCAAUGGCUCGGCUCCCCAGGUGAGACAAGAUUCGAUGAACCUCUCGGCUCCGACCCAUAGUCUUCCGUCCUACUCGCCCCAUAUGAAUCUCCCUCGGCCGAGAUUGGUAGUUCAGCCCACGCCUCUCAAAUCAAGGGUGGAGACUCAAAUACCAAUCAAGCUAACCCUCCACCACUUACCCCCGGGUAUCAAAAGACUUCACCUGCCAACCCAUACGAUAUCAAAGCCCAAAUUGCUUGCAAAGCCUGUAGCGGUGCGGUCUCCUGACAUGCUCGAAUUGUAUACUAUGUUAGUCUGCACUAGCGCUAUGCAGGACCCGGUCAAGCUCCAGCGUGCGUUCAAGCGAGCCGCCGUACUUCAGCAUGACUUCCAUGGCCCGAAACGACCUAAUGACAACGAAGAUGAAGAGUUUAAGCCUCAAAACGGAGGCGAGGUGCGAAUAUGUGCUGGUUGUAUAACUCGGGAACGUAAGCGCGCUGGCCGUAAGAAACAUAAGAAGCCAGAGGAAGAGGAGCUGUGGAACCGAUACGAACACCAGCGAGUCAUCGUUUUUAAUACUCAGGAAGUUAAAGAGUGGCAAGCUGUUACUCCCCACAUGGCCGAUCCUACUGGAGCUGGGUUGCCUGACCUUUCCGUUCCUGAAGGUACCGUCCAGGUAGAUGCACCAAUGCGUAUUGCGUGCUAUUGCCGCCAUCAUGGGGAGAAGAUGGGAUUCCAGGUCAUCUUUACCAUGAAGGAUUACAAGGACAAUGUCGUCGCUCAACAAAUCUCAUCGUCGAUUAUGAUUACUGAUGAUCACAAGACACAUCUCCCCGCGACAUCUGCAACACAAUGUCCCAAUACUUCUGCCCCACCUUUAGGAGUUUCCCCAAUGCAUAGCACGAACGAUGUCAAAUCAGCCGAGGCCCAAUUGAUGUUCCACUCGUCGCAAUCAGCCUCUGAUCUCCAAGGAUUAGCUCAAAACGGAACUUUCGCAUUCCCUCCUGUUCCAGUCAACAACAACCCUCAACCUGCACCAGCCUCUGCACCAUCUCGUAACCUAUCCAGGCAGGGGUCACCAGCUAGCCCUUCAGGUCCCGUCUCUAAAAAGAGAAAGGCAAGCGGUUCCAUGAAGCUUCCGAGCGGCCUAGCAAUGACUAGACUCGAGACAAGUCAAUCACCGCCCACAAUGCCUCUAGGGCCACACAACGAGUCAGCCGUGACAUCUGCAGCUACAUCGCCAUUCUCACCGAAUAUGUCAACUUUCCCAAUGGCUACGGAUCCCUUAUUUUCUCAUGGGCAACAGGCAACCCUUAACAACAUCGGACAGCAUUUCCCAACAGGUCCCCCUACGCCUAACAGCAACAGCCCUGAGCUCAUGUUCCCCUCGGGAAAUAGGAAUCUAAGUCUCGACGUGAGUGCUCAGAUGUUCUCUGCGCCUACAUCAGCCCAUCCUAGCCGUGCCCCCAGUCCGAACCGGCUAAGGAAUGAGAUCCAGAACAUCCCCCACGCUCCACUUGGUCAGAAUAUGUUCAAUGCAUCUGCGAUCAUGACUUCAAAUAGAGUGCCACCACCAAUGAUUUAUAAGAUCAUUCCCAGCGAAGGUCCAAAGUCAGGUGGUGUCGAGGUGACAAUUCUCGGCAGCGGUUUCACUAAUGGCGGACUCGAGGUCAUGUUUGGAGAACAGAGGGCAGCUACAACUACGUACUGGGGCGAGACAUCGUUGGUUUGUCUUCUGCCGCCGUCCCCCACUGCGGGGAUAGUUCCCGUAUCGAUCAGGCAGCCUGGCGUGGCUCCCCAGCACUCUUUCACUGGUAACCAGCAGCCACUGUUCCGCUAUGUCGACGACGACGAACAUCGUUUAAUACGUACAGCGCUCACCGUUUUAGGCAAUAAACUAGGUGGGAAAAUGACAGAUGUCGCAGAUAUCGCAAGAAAUAUUAUCUACGGGUCUGGUGGGUCUGGAAACGGCAGCUCUUGGGGUCCUUCCCCCGGAGGAUCCCAAACCCCUAACACCAACUUCAACAGCCUCGAGCAAGACCUCUCCGAGUCCCCAGAAUUGGGACUUCUACGUGUUCUUGAGUUGAUUGAUCUAGAUGACAGCGCCAACAAAGCGAAAAUCAAUCUAAGGAGGUCAAGUGGACAGACAAUGCUUCAUUUAGCUUGUUCUCUAGGACUUGCUCGCUUCGUCGCCGGGCUUCUAUCUCGAGGGGCCAAUGUGGGCGUGCGAGAUAAGGGAGGCUUCACUCCGCUACAUAUGGCGGCGAUGAACAACCACCCGGAGAUUGUCCGGCGCCUCAUCAUGAAAGGGGCCGACCCGAAUAUGCGAAGUCUUUCGGGUCUUACUCCAGCUGACGUUGCUCGAUCUAGCGACGUGCUUCGCGUACUACGACAAAUCGAGAAUCACUCCAGAUCCCGAAGCAACGGAUCUCUUCACAGCAGGGCAAACAGUGCUACUUCUCUCAAAUCGUUGUGGGAUCCGCCCUCAAUUACUCCGGCGGCACAUCGUGAGGAAUUCAUGUCUGACGACUCAAGCUCAGUCGACGACAGUAAUGACAGCGAUCAAGAUUCAUCAGAAGAUAGGGAUAGCGAUGAAGAAAGCCCCGAUUGGCUAGAUAUGAGACGAUCAAGCGAUGGAGAUGCUGCCCCCGCGUCGCCGAGUGCAGCAGUAACCGCACUGCGAGAACAGUUUGGAGCGCAACUCCAGCAGUGGCAACAUUCCAUGACGAUGCAUUUCCAGAAUCUAGCGCAACUUCAGAUGCCGCACAUGCAAAUGCCGCAAAUGCCAACUUUGCCACCCGUCUUCCCGGAUUACCAAGCCUACCUGAACUCAGCACCCGUCGUACAGCGUAUUAGUUCCCUUGUACCCAAUAUCCGAGGUUCGCGUCCCGGAUCCGCCGAAGACCAACCUCCGCAGGAUGCUCACGCUAGACGAUGGGAGCUGCCAUUCUUCGGUGCCAAGGAGUCGCCACCUCCAGCCUAUGAUACUAUCUUCCCAGGAAGCGCACCGGCCGACUUCGAUACUAAGCAAGCCUCAGCAGCCGCAGCCGCGGUCGAUUUCGAGGCUGACAGUAAAUGCGCUACUCUUUACGACCAAGCUAUUGCGGAGACGUCUACGGAAGAGUCAGAAUCACAGGAAGUGCCCGCGCUACUUGAGAUCGGACGCAAGCGCAACAUCACCAAGGAACAGCAAGAACACCUGCAACGAGCUCAUGCUCAGAGACUCAAGACCGGCAGCAGUGACAAGAUGCUGUGGUUCGUCUGGAUCCCAAUUCUGGUGUUCACCCUUGGUGCGAUGCUAGCCAGCGUUGCCCCUUCUCUAGCAUCUUGCGGUUCUACUGUCAUCAAAGCCUAUACUGACUUCGUUGCCAAUCCGCGAGAAGUUACGCGAACAAUCGCGGAUGCUCUAAGAGCUAACUAA